CUUUAUUGUAGCUACUGUUUCAUUUUCUGUCGUCUUCUGUGCCUCCUCGGAGAGCUUCUCUCUUGCUUGCCCAAAGCUUCCCCUAAUCCCUUUCCACCCUACCUUGCCAGCCGUACUCCCAGCCAUGCGUUCACCUUUAGUCAGAAAAUCCAAAAGGCCACGCCUUCCCCAUCAUGUCACGACUCCGGUUUGCUUCUCGAGGAUGCAGCUCCUCUCACACGCCACCUCCCAUGUUAGCACGUUGUUCUCCCGUAUCUCUCUUCUGCCGUUGAGUCUCCUUUUUCAAUCAGUAUAUUGGGAGAGGAGCGAGAGUCAAUUGGGAGGAGGAGGGAAAGUAGAGUAUUGUCAUCUCAUACUCUGUUUUCAGAAAGGAGAAUCAUUGACGACAAAGGCAGAGGAACAGCGAGGCUGCUGCACAGCUGAAUGAUGUAGUCGGCAUCGAUAGAAGGAGGAGAGGAGGCGGAGAUCCGACUGGGAAGCGAAGGAAAAGGAGAGCAGGCGGCGUUUGGGAUUGGGUGGCUAUUGGAAGGAGUGCCUCACCCUGAUUUCGGGAUUUGGUGAUUCUGAUGGAGAGGUUAUUCUCUAUGGGUUUUUUCUAAAACUAAAGGUAUCAGCUCAUUUAGUUUCUGUAUGUUCUCAAGUGUAGCUCUAUCUGUUAGUGAACUUUAAUUUGGGGGGAUUGUUCCAUUUCUGCUGCAAGGAUGUUGGUGGUUUGGGAUACGAGCUGACAGAAAGGUUCUAAGAUUCGAUGAUCAACUAAAUUUGAACUAAAAACUGCUUCAAAAUUGAAAGCAGCAGCAGGUAUAGGGUGAUAAGGUGUUGUAGACCUUGCUGUUUUCCUUUUACUAACACUAUUUUUUUUCUUUUUCAUGGGUGUAGAAAGUUCUUAGAGCUGAUCUCUAAUGUUCCUACAGUCUUUUAUUUUUCUUUAAUAUUUCAAGAAGCUGUUUAUACAUUGUUCGUUAAUUUCUUUGUUUAGGUAUCUUACAGCAGAAGAGGUGAUCAAAAUAACAGCCCUGGAAUGCUAUUUACUGUCUCUUUUCUUUUUCCCCCAACUGUUGUUUGAUUCUCAUGUCUGCUUGCUGUUGGUCAGGUGUCUGAAAGUUGUUUGUGAUCUACCCAGAUUGUUGAUUGGUUUAUGUGAGAACUCAAAAUUGAAACUUGGGGAAAUUUAUGUUGCUGUUGUAUUAUCUUGCUUUUGUGUUGCAAUUCUGCUGCUACUAGCUGCUAUUUUGGCCCAUUCUUUAUGUAGUUGUUCACUUAUUUUUGGGGUUUUCAUAGACCGCGGGUUUUUUGGGGAAAGAAUAGGACCAAGGUUACUAGGAAGAAGGAUGAAGCAGUCUGUAAUCUCCUCAACCUUUUAAUGUGAUCUUGCUAUUUGUUCUGUUUCCCCUUCCAUUAAAUGAUGCAAUCUAACUGAUUAUGGGAUUGGCUAUGGCUUAUACUGUGCACAAUUAGGUUCCUGAAGUGAUGUACAAAGUACUAGAACAACCCAUUAAAAAGGAUGAACUACAAGGAAGAACAGACAUCUCUCAAACACUGGAGGAAUUAUGGCUGAAGUCAAAGAUUCAAGAUUUUAUGCCAAAACUUUUGCUCUCAAGCUCAGAGAAAUGAAAGGACGAGAACAUUUGAAAACCCAAGAGUAUAUGUACAAGCAUGUGGCAUCAGGGUACGCUUCCGCAACAGGGAGAUAGCAGAGUCUCACCAGAAACGUAGAGCCAGAACAAUGAAGUCGUUGUAUCCUGGGUUGUCACAACCCUCAAAGACAAUAAGAUGGAGAAUCUAAUCACCCUGCUUUGGUCUUCCUCUGCAUAAUUGUCUCGAGUUCUCCAAACUGGUAACCUCUAUACUGUUGGGUUACCGGAUACAAGGAACCCUAGAGAUGAAUCAAGUGCAAACCCAUCCAGUUAGCCAAAUGGAAGCAGCCUAUGCAAAGGAGACUGCAUGCUUAUGAAGAACAAGAACACAUUCAAUCACUCAAGCUUCCUAGGCAGUGGUGCUACAUUAGCUGCAUCCUGCAAGAAGGCUGGUUGCAGAGCAAGGAGUUCAUAAGCUUGGAGAACAUUUGUGAAGUUCAUACGCAAAAAGAUGCUGAAGAUAUAACAACAAUGGCUUCAGUAGCUGGAAACAAGCUGAUGUUGAUGGUGGUGUUGCUGAUGGGGAUCUAUGCAUACGAAGCAUUCUCCGCAAGGCCCUCGGUACAUCCUGUUAGCAGCAUGAACGAAAGGUUUGAAGCAUGGAUUGCUCAGUACGGGCGAGUUUAUGAAGACGCAGGAGAGAAGGCUAGGCGCUUUAGCAUCUUCAAAAAGAAUGUGGCCUUCAUCAGUCACUUCAACAAGUUUGGAAAUCAGACUUAUAAGCUAGCCGUCAAUCAGUAUGCUGACCUGACCAACAAGGAGUUCAGGGCUGCUAAAACUGGAUAUAAGAAACCUGCCAAUUUCAUUAACCCUGCCCCUUCGUCAUUCAGAUAUGAAAAUGUGACUUCAGCACCAGAUACCAUGGAUUGGAGAACCAAAGGAGCUGUGAAUCCCAUCAAGGAUCAAGGCCAAUGUGGAAGCUGUUGGGCAUUCUCUGCUGUGGCAGCGGUGGAAGGGAUCACAAAGAUCUCAACUGGGAAGCUGAUCUCUCUUUCAGAACAAGAAUUGGUUGAUUGCGACAGAACCACCAAUGACCAAGGCUGCAAUGGAGGACUCAUGGAUGAUGCUUUUAAAUUUGUCAAGACCAAGGGACUGACAACCGAAUCCAAGUACCCUUACUCAGCAGCAGAUGGAACUUGCAGCACAGUCAAGACAAACUCUCCUGCUGCCAAGAUCAGUGGAUAUGAAGAUGUUCCCGUGAAUAACGAGCAGGCAUUGCUAAAGGCCGCAGCAAACCAACCUAUCGCGGUGGCCAUUGAUGCUAGUGGCUCUGCCUUCCAGUUCUACUCCAGCGGAGUGUUCACUGGAGACUGUGGAACAGAUUUGGAUCAUGGUGUGGCUGUUGUAGGAUACGGGACAAGUGAUGAUGGUAAGAAGUACUGGCUGGUGAGGAAUUCAUGGGGGACCAGCUGGGGAGAUCAAGGAUACAUCAAGAUGCAGCGUGACGUUGGUGCCAAAGAAGGGCUCUGUGGCAUUGCUAUGUCAGCUUCUUAUCCUACUGCAUAAAACAGCAGAAAUUAGCUGGAUAAUAUCCAUCAUCCUGAGGAAAAAUGUGUUCUAUUUAAAAAGUGUCUUUUAUGCAGCUGCCAUGAUUCCAUUUGUAUAAGCAUUAACGAUGCCACAUCUUAAUAUAUA